AGCUGGUUCACUUCCUAUAGGGACUGAAAACCAAGUGAGGAGAUGAAGGAUCGCAAUGUACAACACCAGAUAAUACAGAGAGAAUAGACACCUCAGAUAGGACCUGACCAUCACCCAAAGAACAACUGCACAACGGUGGGAAGAUAUCCAGUCCCUUCACAGCAUUGCUCAACACAGAGAAGUUGGGCAGUGAAACCAUCAUUUGGAAAUCAGUCAGGUCAGGGGAGCUUUGAUACAUCAUCAGAUCUGAAACUGGUCAGUGGUGUGGAGCCUUCCAUCAGAACCAACCUUUCUGAAGGUUCAACUGUGGGUGAUCGGUCAGGGUGAGGCUGUGAAGAAGUGUGAGUGGCUCCAGGUGCGGUGACAGCUUCAAUCAUCCAUUGACCCUCAUGAGCCACUGACUCAUUCCUACAGGCAAGAGACUGUUCUUCUGUGAGGAGAGCUCCACAGGCCUGUAAGAUCUCAUGACAAGCAAAUUGCAUUUAUAGAACCACUGUUAAAGAAAAUUCCAUGGAAGAGAAACCAUUCAAGUGUGCGGUUUGCGAUAAAUCUUUUGUGACUUCUACAAGGCUCCUGGCACACCAAAUGAUUCACACAGGGGAGAAACCCUUCAGGUGUGAGGUUUGUGAGAAGGCUUUCACCUCUUCUUCCCAACUGCUGAGGCACCAGAGAAUUCACACAGGGCAGAAACCAUUCACAUGCAAAGUGUGUGAUAAAUCAUUCUCGAUCUUAUCAAACCUACGUGUACACCAACGCAUUCACACAGGAGAGAAACCAUUUGCAUGCGAGGUGUGUGACAAAUCAUUCUCAGACUCAUCAACGCUGCGCAGACAUCAACGCAUUCAUACAGGUGAGAAACCAUUUGCAUGUGAACUGUGUGACAAAUUGUUCUUGACAUUAUCGCAGCUCCGUGUCCACCAACGCGUUCACACUGGGGAGAAGCCAUUCAGGUGUGAGGUGUGUGACAGAACUUUCUCAAGGUCAUCGAACCUCCUGGUCCACCAGAGGCUGCACACAGGGAAGAAACCAUUCAAGUGCGAGGUGUGUGAUAAAUUAUUCUUGACAUCAUCAAACCUCCGAGUACACCAACACAUCCACACAGGGGAAAAGCCAUUCAAGUGCGAGAUGUGUGACAAAUCAUUCUCAACAUCGUCGCUCCUCCUUGCACACCACCGCAUUCACACAGGGGAGAAACCGUUCAUAUGUGAGCUGUGUGACAAAUCAUUCUCAGAGUCAUCAAACCUCCGUGUACACCAACGCAUUCACACGGGGGAGAAGCCAUAUAGGUGCAAUGUGUGUGGCAAAUCAUUCUCACAGUCAUCGACCCUCUGCCUCCACCAACGCAUUCACACAGGAGAGAAGCCAUUCACAUGCGAGGUGUGUGACAAAUCAUUCUCAAAGUCAUCUAAUCUCCUGCACCAUUGGAGAAUCCACACAGGACAGUAACCCAUCAAGUGCAAGGUUUGCGACAAAACUUUUAUAACAUCUUCAACCCUCCUAGGACACACAGGAUAUGCACAAAGUGCUUUUCAGUUACAAUGUUUGUGACAAGGCUUUCUCUUGGACUCUCAACAUACUCAUACAGGAGAAAACCUGUCAAUUUGGGUUCAGCAAUAUAGGUUUCUCACAGUUGUUGGACCUCAUAGAACAUCAGAAGACCCAUUCAGGAAGUUCUUGCCAAGUUCUUGUCCAUCUGUCAUCAGUGUGAACAAUACUCCAAUUCAUCUCAAGUUCGAUGGUUUCAUUGACCCUCAGCCACAACAGAUCUUUGAUGGGAGAGAGUUCUAGAUUUCCAGUCUCCCUUUUGUGAAGAAGCGUUUGCUGACAUCGUCUCUGAACUGCCUUGCUCUAAUUUUAAUGUUCUACCCCUUGUUCUGGAAUCUCCUAGAAUCAUAGAAUCCCCACAGUGUGGGGACAGGCCAUUCGGCCCACCAAGUCUCCAUCGAUAUCCUAAAGUUAACCACCCCCACCCCUACCCUGUCCCCAUAACCCCGCAUUCCAUAUGGGGAGGCAAUACGGGGACUGUUUCAUAGAACAGAAUCCCUACAGUGUGGAAACAGGCCAUUCAGCCCAACAAGUCCACACCGUCCCUCUGAAGUGCGUCCCACCCGGAACUAUUCUGCUACCCCUGCAUUUUCCCAUCUCUAACCCGCCUAACCUAAACAUCCAAGGGCACUAUGGGCAAUUUAGCAUGGUUAAUCCACCUACCCUGCACAUCUUUGGACAGUGGGAGGAAACCGGAGCAACCGGAGGAAACCCACAUAGACACGGGGAGAAUGUGCAAACUGCACACAGACAGUCCGAGGGUGGAAUCGAUCCCGGGUCCCUGGUGCUGUGAGGCAGCAGUGCUAACCACUGGGCCACCGUGCCACCCCAAAGAUCCAGAGACGCACGUAAUGUUCUGGGGACCUGGUUCGAAUCCUGCAGAUGGUGGAAUUUGAAUUCAAUAAAUAUCUGGAAUUAAUGAUGCCCAUGAAUCCAUUACUGAUUGUCAGAAAAACCCAUCUAGUUCACUGAUGUCCUUUAGAGAAGGAAACUGCCAUCCUUGCCUGGUCUAGUCUACAUGUAAGUUGAGACCCACUGCAAUGUGGCUUACUCUGGGCAAUUAGGGAUGGGCAAUAAAUACUGGCCUAGCCAGUGAUGCCCUCAUCCCAUGAAUGAAUAAAGAAAAGAAAAUGGCUAACCCACCUAUCCUGCACAUCCCUGGACUCUGUGGGCAAUUUAACAUUGGCAAUCCACCUAACCUGCACAUCUUUGGACUGUGGAAGGAAACCAAAGCACUUGUUGAGGUGGCAUGGUGGCUCAGUAGUUAGCACUGCUGCCUCACAGUGCCAGGGACCUGCAUUUGAUUCCACCCUCGGGUGACUGUCUAUGUGGAGUUUGCACAUUCUCCCUGAAUCUGUGUGGGUUUCCUCCUCGUAGAUGGACAUGAUGUAAUAAUGUUAUGUUCACCAUACAUUCUCCCGAGUUUAAUUUAAAAUUCUGGAAGGGAUCUUGAAUCAUUUUGAUAUAAGCUCAAUAUAGCGUCUGUCUGCUAUCCUUUCAAUUUUUUCUGUAGAUUUAUAAUCAAUAAUAAAUCACACUUCAUCAUCACCCAAACUACCAGAUUUGUCACCAUGGUCAAUGUUGCUCUGGGUUGUGUGAAAACACAGGGACAGCAAGCCAAAACAAAUUAGCCUCACUAUUGCAAAAUAGUGAAAUAAAAUAUUCAAGGACCUUCCAAAUUACUCAACUGUUCCUAAUCAGACUCUGUAAAUAAUAGAACUUGCACAUGAAAUUUACAACUGAAGGAAAAAAUAACUUUUAAUAUGUAACUUUAACAGAAUAUGGAUAAACAACAAGGCAAUCUACUUAAUAUCUAUGAUCUCAGUCAAUCUUCUCUAAACACAAACCCCCAAUCUCACAGGCAAACAGGUAGGCACAGUUAAGGGAUAAUAAAAGAAAAAUAAAUAAUUAUAAUUUAAAAAUGACCUCGUCACAAUGGGUACUAGGCCUUCAGAAAUCCUCAGAGAAUGGAGUUGUUCACAGGCUUGAAUUCUGAAAUCACGCAUCCAUGCAAACAGAUCAAGUAGCCUUCGAGAAUUAUUCAGACAAAAUGGUAUUCUCAUAUCAGAACAAUCAACAAGUUGACAACUGCAGCGAAACCAUAGAGAGAGAGAGAGUUGGUUGGCCUGCACUGGUCCUCCCUUGAUGGACCAAUUCAACAUCCAGCCGGCUGUCAGUCCUGAGGAUAGCAACAUCUUGGUCCCAAAUCAUCUGCAGUGUUCUUAGAGCAGUAAUUAAACUGCAUUAUCUUUCCAGGCCAGUUUUCAGCAGUAGAUAUUUGGCUUUGUUGUUCUCU